AUGGCGGGCACGGCGGUCGAGGCGGCUGGCGCGGACGCCGCGGACGCCACGAUCACCACCGUGGUGGGCCACCGCCUCCACCUCCGCCCCACGAUGGCCCGCCCGCAGACGACCCCGUGGCCGACCCCGACACCUCCGUCCCAGAACCCGACCACCACCCGCGCGGUCCGCCUGCCCCGCCCCACCACGGCCGCCGCAGCCGCCACCACAGCCCGCCCCCUCCUCCUCCUGCCGGCGGCCACGGCCCCAUGCCGCACCACCAGCACCCCCGCGGCCCCCCUCCCCCCUACGCCAACCACCCCUUCGCCCAGUUCCUCUCCUCCAUCCUGCCCGACCUGA